UAUUAAUAAUUAAUGAUAGUAAUAUACUUUCCCGCAAAAGCUAACCCGAUGGUCCCAAAAGCGCUCUCUCUCUCGCCCUCUUUUUUUUCUCUCAUGAAAUGUAGGUGAAAGCUCAGAGAAACUCAAAUCACAUUCGACUUCAGAUCGAACCAGGUUUAUUGACUUCAUCUUGGGGCAUUUCCAUGAUAAUUUAAAAGGUUGAUCUUGGAGGGUGUACAAGCCAAGUCAUAGUUUUGGUCUCUCCAGCUUGCUUUUAUGCUAAGUUUUGCCGCCAAAGUGUCAUGGUAAUUAGGGUCUCAUGAAACUUUGGAACCUUGGUUUUGGUGAAGAAGCUAUUGGUAUUGCCCAUGGGUGCGAGCUACUUAUCAAUCUCAGUAGUCUGCACAUUGUUAAGCUUCGUCGGCCUCCAAUAUUGGACGGAACUAUCACUUGAGAAGCUAAAAUCAGAUGGGUUAGUUGGUGGGCAUUCUGUUGAAUCUGUGAAUGCCAGGCAUGCCUUACAAUUGCUUUUUGGUUCUCAAGCCACAAUUGCAUUGUUGGCUAAUUUUGCACUGAAUGUGUUUGUCCUGCUCAUUCUGGGUCUUAAGACACUAUUCUUUGUGGAGCUGUACCCUUCUGAAACUCGAAAAUUGGUAGAACGACUUAUUAACUAUGUUAUUUACAAGGGGACGUUUCUUCCCAUGAUUGUCCCACCAACAGUAUUUCAAGUGGGCCUGUGGUCAACAUGGUUGACUAUCCUUUGUUCAUUAAAGAUGUUCCAAGCUUUGGCUAGAGAUCGACUAGACCGCUUGAAUGCAUCUCCUUCUGCAACUCCAUGGACAUAUUUUCGUGUAUAUUCUGUAUUAUUGUUGGUUAUAUCCGUUGACUUGCUCUGGAUAAAGCUGUGUCUAGUGAUAUACAGAACAUUAGAAUCGUAUAUGUUUCUAUUGUUAUUUUUCGAGCCUCUUAGUAUUGCUUUUGAGACAUUACAGGCUAUUGUGAUUCAUGGUUUUCAGUUGCUCGAUAUAUGGCUCCAUGAUUCGGCAGGGAACAACAUAAAUUGCCAAAGGUCCAAACUCUCUGAUAUAUCAGCAGCAGGUUCAUUCUGUGAAUGGAAAGGCAUUCUCAUACGGAACUUGGGUUUUCUUCUGGACAUCAUGACGUUAUUGAUGGCACUCUGUCAUUAUGUGCAUAUCUGGUGGCUUCAUGGCAUGAAAUUUCAUCUUGUGGAUGCAGUUCUUUUCCUAAAUAUACGUGCCUUGUUAGGUGCAAUUGUAAAACGUAUCAAAGGAUUUAUUAGGUUGAAGAUAGCUUUAGGUGCCCUUCAUGGGGCACUUCCAGAUGCAACAUCAGAGGAGAUAGAAGCAUAUGAUGAUGAAUGUGCUAUCUGUAGGGAACCAAUGGCAAAGGCGAAGAGACUAUCUUGUAAACAUCUUUUCCAUCUAGCAUGUUUGAGAUCUUGGUUGGAUCAAGGUUUAAGUGAGAAUUACUCUUGCCCCACUUGUCGAAAACCACUUCACAUGGGCAGACCUGAAGACGAGGCAAUCCCUCGUGCUGCGGAUAUUUCAACUAAUGAGCAACUAGCCCGUCAAAUAAGUUCUGCUCUUGAACUGCAUAAUCAUCCUGGUCAUACCCUACCCACAGGAGUGUUUCCCAAUCAGAUACAGAACCCGUUAGAAAGUGGUGCUUUGAGGGGGGCAGGACUGGAUUCAAGUUGGUUGCAAACAUGGUCUGGCCAGGGUCUAGAUGGGGCUGGUCCAUCUACUGGUACGAGGUCGGUUGGACUAGGGAGAGUUCAGAUGAUGAUGAGGCAUCUUGCAGCUGUAGGAGAAACCUAUGCCCAGACCACCCUUGAAGACACUGCUUGGAGCCUUUGGCCUAUGAAUCCCUCUCAGGCUGGUACAUCCAAUUCAACCCUUCCUCCUGCUGGUUCUGUGGGGUUACAUAUGAGGUCUACCUCACGAGUUGCAAAUGACAACAUAGCAAACGUACUUGCCAUGGCUGAAACCGUACGGGAGGUGCUUCCCCACAUCCCAGAUGAAUUAAUUUUCCAGGAUUUGCAGCGUACAAAUUCUGUUACUGUUACCGUGAAUAAUCUGCUCCAAAUGUGACUACUGAUGACUUUUUCUUUUGUUGCUACGGUCCUUGCUUUACGUACCCCAAAGAAGGGGGGAAUGAAUAUUUUGAAGGUUCCAGAGACAUUACUGGAGGUUCUCGAACCAACCAGUGGUCUGGUAUUUUUUGGCCAUUUAUGUUGAAUAUCCAAAAGCUUCAAUCUCUGUAUAUAGAAGGGGCUAUUGUAUGGGGAAAAAAAAUGUAUAAAUACAUGAACAUGGGCAAGUAUUUUCGGCCUGGUUUUGUUGCUUUUUUGUUAUCUUCAUCCUGCUAAAUGUUACUGUAAUAUUUUGGCCAAUAGGACACAAAGAUGAAGUCUGUUGUCAGAGAAGUGAGUAAUGAAUGGUAUAUGUGAAUGCAAUCCGACAAUAAUUGGAUCAAUCAUAUUUGUAUUUUAUCUGGUUAUCAAUCAGAUAUUCAUUUAUAGAUUCAUAUUUUUUGGAUUGGA